UGGAAUGGAAUUUUCCAUGCUUUACUCCUGAUUUAUUAUUUUAUACGAAGAUUUCUGAAGUUUGAACUUCAAAGACAUCAAGACACAAAUUCCCGUCUUCUGCGUUCUUGAUUGGGUGACCUUAAGACUGGUUACUUCAGAGUCUCACUUUCCUUGCUUGAUAACACAUGAAGCCAAGGAGUUGGAAGACGGCUUACAGAUGACGUCAACAAAGAUCCCAGUUCUUGUGUCACCUCUGACAAGUUGUAUCACUUUUUGGUUCCUGUUCCUUAGUUGUAAAAUUCACCGUUUGUGGCUACCAACUGCAGUAGACGAGACUAAGAUUAUGUAGGCAAAGCUCCUACAACCGUGCCUGCACACUUGGCGGCUCAAGAGUGCCCGAUAUAAUAAUAAUAAUAAUAGUAGUAGUAGUAAUGCUAGUGAACAUACCCUAGAUUGAUGCGGUUGAAUUAUGAAACUUUGGGAGAAAAGAGUCAGAAACACGGACCAGCAAAGAGGUUUAGAGGCCGGAGACCUCCUACCCGGCGGGGGCGUCCAGCCUGCGCGGAGACUUGCCUCGCCGGGCACCGCCUCGCCCCACCCCUGCUGGGCCAGCGCGAAUCCCGGCGCGGAGUUCCGGGCGACGGCGCGGUCCCCACUCUGGCCCAGCCUCUUUCCCUGCUCCCCUGCCUCCAGCGGUGCCAGCUGCGCCGGAGCCCCGGGAAUCCGCCGCCACCGCGCAGGUUCCUGAGGCCGCCCUCACGCCACAGCCCCUUUGCUUUUACCCUGUCUCAAGCCAACAUGUCACUGAAAAAUGAGCCAAGAGUAAAUACCUCUGCACUGCAGAAAAUCGCUGCUGACAUGAGUAAUUUGAUAGAAAACCUGGAUACGCGAGAGCUCCACUUUGAGGGAGAGGAGGUGGACUACGAUGUGUCUCCCAGCGAUCCCAGGAUACAGGAAGUGUAUAUCCCUUUCUCUGCUGUUUAUAAGACUCAAGGAUUUAAGGAGCCUAAUAUACAGACGUAUCUCUCCGGCUGCCCAAUAAAAGUUCAAGUUCUGGAAGUGGAGCGCUUUACAUCUACAAAAAGGGUACCAAGCAUCAAUCUUUACACUAUUGAAUUAACACAUGGGGAAUUUAAAUGGCAAGUGAAGAGGAAGUUCAAGCACUUUCAAGAAUUUCACAGAGAACUACUCAAGUACAAAGCCUUUAUCCGAAUCCCCAUUCCCACCAGAAGACACACGUUUAGAAGACAGAAUGUCAAAGAAGAGCCUCGAGAGAUGCCAGCUUUGCCCCGCACAUCUGAAAACAUGAUCCGACAAGAAGAACAGUUCUUUAGUAGAAGGAAACAGCUGGAAGAUUACUUGACAAAGUUACUAAAAAUGCCCAUGUAUAGAAACUAUCAUGCAACAACAGAAUUUCUUGAUAUAAGCCAGCUGUCUUUCAUCCAUGAUUUGGGACCAAAGGGCAUAGAAGGUAUGAUAAUGAAAAGAUCCGGAGGGCACAGAAUACCAGGCCUGAAUUGCUGUGGCCAGGGAAGAGCCUGCUAUCGGUGGGCAAAAAGGUGGUUGAUAGUAAAAGAUUCCUUUUUACUGUAUAUGAAACCAGACAGUGGUGCUAUUGCCUUCGUCCUGCUGGUGGAUAAAGAAUUCAGAGUUAAGGUGGGGAGGAAGGAGACAGAGACGAAAUAUGGACUCCGAAUUGAUAAUCUUUCAAGGACUCUGAUUUUAAAAUGCAACAGCUAUAGACAUGCUCGGUGGUGGGGAGGGGCUAUAGAAGAAUUCGUCCAGAAGUAUGGCCCCGACUUUCUCAAAGAUCAUCGAUUUGGAUCAUAUGCUGCCAUCCAAGAGAACACUUUAGCCAAAUGGUAUGUUAAUGCCAAAGGAUAUUUUGAAGAUGUGGCAAAUGCAAUGGAUGAGGCAAAAGAAGAAAUAUUUAUCACAGAUUGGUGGUUGAGUCCAGAAAUCUUCCUGAAACGUCCGGUGGUUGAAGGAAAUCGUUGGAGGCUGGACUGCAUUCUUAAGCGAAAAGCACAACAAGGGGUAAGAAUCUUCGUUAUGCUCUACAAAGAGGUGGAACUUGCCCUUGGAAUCAAUAGUGAAUACAGCAAGAGGACUCUGAUGCGUCUACACCCCAACAUAAAGGUGAUGAGGCACCCGGAUCACGUGUCGUCCAGCGUAUACCUGUGGGCUCAUCAUGAGAAACUCGUCAUCAUCGACCAGUCAGUGGCCUUUGUGGGUGGGAUUGACCUGGCUUACGGGAGGUGGGAUGACAACGAACACAGACUCACGGAUGUGGGCAGCGUGAAGCGCGUCAUCGGGGGACCAUCUCUGGGUUCCCUCACAGCUGAAACAACAGAGUCUAUGGAAUCCUUACGCCUCAAAGAUAAAAACGAAUCUGAUAAAGAUCUGCCCAUCCUGAACCCUCCUGAUGAUGCAAAUUCAAAACUGAAAGGAAUAGGAAAGCCCAGAAAGUUCUCCAAAUUCAGUCUCUACAGGCAGCUGCACAGACACCACCUGCACGACACAGACAGCAUCAGCAGCAUUGACAGUGCCUCCAGUUAUUGUAAUCACUGUAGGAGUCGUCAGAAUUUAAUCCAUGGUUUAAAACCCCACUGGAAACUCUUUCGCUCUUCCAGUGAGUCUGAGCAGGGGCUUACUAGACCUAACAUUGACACAGCCUCCCUCCGAAGUGUGCAGACACGUGUGGGAGAGUUACAUGGGGAAACCAGAUUCUGGCAUGGAAAGGACUACUGCAAUUUCGUCUUCAAAGACUGGGUUCAACUCGAUAAACCUUUUGCUGAUUUCAUUGACAGGCACUCCACCCCCCGGAUGCCGUGGCAUGACAUAGCCUCUGCAGUCCACGGCAAGGCAGCUCGCGAUGUGGCCCGUCACUUCAUCCAGCGCUGGAACUUCACGAAGAUUAUGAAACCAAAAUAUCGGUCCCUUUCUUAUCCUUUUCUGCUUCCCAAAUCUCAAACAACAGCCCACGAGUUGAAAUACCAAGUGCCUGGGUCUGUCCAUGCUAAUGUACAGUUACUCCGCUCUGCUGCUGAUUGGUCUGCUGGUAUCAAGUACCAUGAAGAAUCCAUCCAUGCUGCUUACGUCUAUGUGAUAGAGAACAGCAAGCACUAUAUCUAUAUAGAAAACCAGUUUUUCAUAAGCUGCUCUGAUGACAGAGUUGUGUUCAACAAGAUUGGUGAUGCCAUUGCUCAGAGGAUACUUAAAGCUCACAGGGAAAGCCAGAGAUACCGGGUGUAUGUUGUGAUACCACUUCUGCCAGGUUUUGAAGGAGACAUUUCAACCGGUGGAGGAAAUGCUCUACAGGCAAUAAUGCACUUCAACUACAGAACCAUGUGCAGAGGAGAAAAUUCCAUCCUUGGACAAUUAAAAGCAGAGAUUGGCAAUCAGUGGAUAAAUUAUAUCUCCUUCUGUGGUCUUAGAACACAUGCAGAGCUUGAAGGAAACUUAGUCACUGAGCUUAUCUAUGUCCACAGCAAGUUGCUAAUUGCUGAUGACAACACUGUUAUUAUUGGCUCUGCCAACAUAAAUGACCGAAGCAUGCUGGGCAAGCGAGACAGUGAAAUGGCUGUCAUUGUGCAGGACACGGAGACAGUCCCUUCGGUAAUGGAUGGAAGAGAGUACCAAGCUGGUCGAUUUGCCCAAGGACUUCGGCUUCAGUGCUUUCGGGUUGUUCUCGGCUAUCUUUCUGGCCCCAGUGAAGACAUUCAGGAUCCAGUGAGUGACAAAUUCUUCAAGGAGGUGUGGGUUUCAACAGCAGCUCGAAAUGCUACAAUUUAUGAUAAGGUGUUCCGGUGCCUUCCCAAUGAUGAAGUACACAAUUUAAUUCAGCUGAGAGACUUUAUAAGCAAGCCCGUAUUAGCAAAGGAGGAUCCCAUUAGAGCUGAGGAAGAACUGAAAAAGAUCCGUGGGUUCUUGGUGCAAUUCCCCUUUUAUUUCUUAUCUGAAGAGAACCUACUGCCUUCUGUUGGAACCAAGGAAGCCAUGGUGCCCAUGGAGGUCUGGACUUAAGCGUUGUGCUUGUUCGCAGCUCCGAGACUUCCACUCGGAAGAGUACACGUCACAUUCGGACUUUCUGGAGACCCAACAGACAGACCCAGACCCAGAGUACACAUCCACCCCUUGGAUUGCAACUUUUUGGGUUAACUAGGAAGGGCUGCCGUCAUACUGAUGUAAGGACAGUGAACAUCGGCAUGGCUUUAUAAUUCCUCACGUCUCUCCUUGGGAAAAAGGGACUGCGUUCUUAGGUAGCAUAUACCCAACAGCGUCAACACGUAUUUCAAUUCCGUGAUGUCAACACGUGUUUCAGUUCCGUGAUGUGUACCAAAAGUGCAUUUUCUUUGCUGACAAGAAUUUAUCUGUAACUGAUCUAGUUGCCAAAAGGUGUCUGAACCUCCUUAAUUUCCUCUGACCCUCACACAUGCAGCUGUUGUUUGCUUGCUGGACCUUGUAAUCCAUACAGGCUCUGUUUGACAGUGUUUAUUGCUAGAAGGUGUUGUGAUGCUGCUCUGAGAUUCUUGAAGGUUCCAUGGGAUGCUCUGCCCAUCUGGUCCUAGAGUCGUGAUGUGCACCCAACCAAGGAUGUGGUCCUUCUUCCUUUCCAGUGACUGAAAGGGCAGGACAGACCUUAGUCUAUAUAGCAGCCCAUGUUAGGUACUUCUGAUAAUAUUGUUGGUGUGUAUCUUGACACGACAGAGCAACAGGAAAGAAUUAAAUUUGGUUAUUACAGCAGAGAUUUCACUUUACCUCCAAAGGCACCGACAAGAUGUGUCCUUAUGAUAGGGCCCACCAGAUCAGAUUUGAAAACAUGUGUAGGAUAUUUGAUUACACAGCAACCCAUUAAACUCAAAGACAGAGCAUACAGCCUUAGGAAAUCACCAACAUGUUGGUGGGAAUCAGAUUCAGAUAAGGAAAGAACAUUUCUUACAGUCCUGUAAAAUUUCCUGCCAUCCUUAGCUGCCAGAUUUAUUGAAAUUGGAGUUUCUACAUUUCAAAAUAAAACCAGCAAAUACAACUUGUCUUUCAAGAGAAUCAGGGGCUUCAUAACUCAUGCCAAGUGAAUGAGUAUGAGCGCAGCCUUAUUUGAUAUUCAGCUCUCCAGCUAUGCUACCUUCUAGAAGAAAAAUUGAUUGUAAAAUACAUGUACCAUCUCUUGCAUUAUUAAAUAAGCAUUAACAUUCCACUAGAGUUCCAAAGAGGUUAGGAUUAUUUAUUAAUUCACACUAUCCUCAUCUGUGAAUUGUUCAGGAAAUACAUUUCUCCUUUUUGGAUGUUAACAUACCCUUUGAUACCCCAUACCUCUAGUUUUAUUAAGCAGAACUACUCUUACAACUUGAAGAACUAACAUGGGUUCCCAACAUGCCAUAAAUUAUGGUAUAGAAGGGGCUUCCCUGGUGACUCAGACAGUAAAGAAUCUGCCUGCAAUGCAUGUGAUCUGGGUUCGAUGCCUGGGUCAGGAAGAUCCACAAGAGAAGGGAAUGGCAGCCCACUUCAAUAUUCUUGCCUGGAGAAUCCCACGGACAGAGGAGCCUGGCAGACUAUAGUCCAUGGUGUCACAAAGAGUAGGACACGACUGAGUGACUAACACUUUCACUUUCACACUUACACUGGGUGCAAUAAUUACACCUUUAUGGGUUACCCGGACAGAAUCCUGUCCAAAGAAGUAAGGACCCAUACCUGUUUCAUAGAGCUGAUAGUCCAGUGGAAAAGAUUAAAUAGGAACAUAAAGCCAGUGAAACAGCAUAAAGUCAGUUUGCAGGAAAGAGACAGUGUUACAUACCCACAAGAGAGUUUUACAAAUGAGGUGAGACUGUGUAACCAACAAUGGAAAUUAAUAUGCUUUUAUGGUGGCUGAAGAUGAAAAAAUGGCUUCAUUCCAUAGCCGUCAUAAAUAAGAUGUUUGCUAUUUAUGAAGUUUAGAUUGGCAUUUAAAGUGUUGAGUGUAUGUGGAAUACCUAAGGAUUUCUCAUAUUUUCUUUUUAAAUGUAGAAGAGUCAAACAACUGGCUCUUGAAAGGGCCCUUUCUCUUUGAAAAAAAAAAAAAAAAGCACGUAAUACAACCUCUCCCCAUUUUAUAGCUGAGGAAACUGAGACCCUUGUUAGUUGAUGGGCUCACUGAAGUUCACCCAUUAGGACUAAUGACAUUGCUGCAGUCCACUACUGGCCUCUCAUUUCACUCAUCACUGCCCCACAAUGAGGAGAUGCAAUAAACAGAUUUCAGAGAGGAUGCCUCUAAACUAUUUUGAACCCUGUGAUCUUAUGGAUUUAUGUGCUUGUCCGUCUCCCUCAACUAGAAUGGAAGCUCCACGGGGCAGGGACUUUCCUGUGUUUUGUUCAUAACGUUAUCUGCAGAGCUUGAAACAGAACCUGGUUCAUAGGAGGUGCUCAGUACAUGUUUGUUGGAUGAAUAAAGGAGAUGGAGGAGAGAGUUAAUGAAAUGAAAACCUGAUGGAGUCUCAGACAAGAAAUCUUCCUGCUAUUGCUAAAGAAACGGUUAGCAAGGUUCUUUUCUACUGAAUCUUCUCAAAGGCAAGAUGUUUAUCUGCAAAGAGAGGGGCUACAAGAUUUAUUUGGGUAGAUUUUAUGGGAAGUUCAGUGCCACAAUUCCUUGCUGUGCAGUGGCAGUUUACAUAGUGCCCCAUUCUGUAAAAAUUGCUUGGGCUGUGCACACAAGAGGUUAGACCUAAUUACCCAUCGUUCUCUGACACCAUUACUACCUACUAGAAGUUCAAAUACUUUAACAUUGCAGUGUCUGAUAUAAACUUUAAAAUGCAAGGGAUUUUGCCUCUUGAAAAACUAUUACGAAUCUGUACAACAUUUUAAAUUGACUAUAAUGUUUUGAAAUUACAAAAGGUAAUUAUAGCCUUUAAGUGAUGUACCUGAGAUUCUGAUAAUCCAUGUAAUAAUAUUUGCUUUCAAGAAGGGAAAAAAAAAUCUGUGAUUAUAAGAGGUGAAGGGUAGAAAGUGGUCAUGGCCUAUUAAAGCUAUUCAUGCUGGCCAAGCUUAGUCAUUGGAGGACACUCAGCACAGCGGGUCAGGUGCAGGCGUUUGCUCUGGAGCAAGUAUCCACUUGGUGACUCACCCUCCAAUGGGACUGUCUUCUUUUUCAGCUGUAAAGCAUCACAGAAGGGCUUGGAGAGCUGGUCAUUAGAUAAUUGAGUGACAUAUUGUAAAACAAAACAUUGAUUUUAUUUUAAUAGCAUCUUUGGAAAAAAUUUUUAUCUCUAGGUAAUCAAAAACAUAAGCAGUUAACCUCUUAUGUAAUAAUGGGAAAAUGUAAUAUAUUGUGAAUUAACAGUCUUCCAGAUGAAAACACAAGCCAGGAAACCUUUUGUAGCAGAUGUAAGAUAACAGGCAGAGCAGGUUUUAUAGACAUUAUGAAGACCCUGCACUUCUUUCUGCCUCUCCUCAUUCCUUAUUCUUUCGACCACUGGCCCCAUCCAGAGCCCUUCCUUCUUAUGGAAACCAUUUUAGAGGACAAGAAAGAGCUUUCUGGGGAAAAAAGAAAAAAACCAUGAGGCCUCUAUAAUAAAUUUUCAGUUUAGCUCACACUUUCAAGUGGCUGACAAAAUACUACUAUUUUUUAACAGAGGUAGUGGUUCUUUUUGACAUUUCUGAUCUGAUGCAGCAAGUCAGCCUUCUCAGAUGCCUGUCACUCUCUGGAGAGGGGCUGAAGAGGACUCUUCAUGUCGUCUCACCCCUCUCUAUUCUCUCAUUAUGAAAUGAGCAAAUGUUAUAGGAUUUGCAGUGUGCUUAGGAAUCCUCUGAGGUCAAUUAAUACUGGCAAUUUGGAGGUUUAGAAUGCGUUUUACCAGGCAUCAGUUCAGUUCAGUCCCUGAGUUGUGUCUGACUCUUUGCGACCCCAAGGACUGCAACACGUCAGGCCUCCCUAUCCAUCACCAACUCCUGGAGUUUACCCAAAUUCAUGUCCAUUGAGUUGGUGAUGCCAUCCAACCAUCUCAUCCUCUGUCAUCCCCUUCUCCUCCCACCCUCAAUCUUUCCCAGCAUCAGGGUCUUUUCAAAUGAGUCAGUUCUUCGCAUCAGGUGGCCAAAUUACCAGGCAUAGGCCUUGAGAAAUUCUUGAAUCUAGAAAUUCACUGGAAAAGGAAUUCACCAUCUAUCAAAAAGUUGCAGGUGAAGAAUCAAUGGAUUUGCCUUAUGUUUAGGGGAGGCAGAUACCAUCAUAAAUGCCUAAUGGCAUUUAAUUCACAUGUGAUAUAUUACUAGGUUUGACUUCAGAUUAGAAGGAUUCAUUAAAGGAAACAAAAAUGCUGUGACUGAAUUUAUUAUAGGUAAUCUUAUUUUUUCCUUUAUAUCAGUUUUAAAUUUUAACUUAAAAACAAAAAGUUAAUCUAAAAUAAGUGAAAAUUUGUCACACUAAUCAUUUUAAACUUUUACGUUUUAAAGUCAGAGACUGGGAUGGCCGUCCAACCAAAACGUAGGCUUAAAUACUCUUUUCUAUCUCCAGCAACUCAAUUGUUAACUUUAUUCUAGAUACAUGCACUUAAGUGAAUGUUGUCCUACUUCUGCUCAACACUGGGAAAUAUAACAUCCUGUUCUCCUAAGGUAUAUUCCACUUGGAUUUAUCACAUAAAAUGGUCUGGGUCAAAAAUACUGAUACUCUUUCUCAAUCAUUCUAAAAAUUCAUACUAGAGUAUUGUAGUUGGAGCACAUGUCUCUGACACAAAAACCGAAUACAUACUGAUGAACAUUCACCCAUUCAGAACAUUCAGGUAUUCUGGACAGAACUCAGGCCCCUAGCCUCACCCUUAUGACAGGCUUUGGCAAACUAAGACUGAGCCUCCUGCGUCUGUGAAUAAAGUCUUACUUGAUUGCAGCCAUGUCAAUUUGUUUACAUGCCUCAUGACCGAAUGAUCUGCAAAUCCAAACUCCUAGCUGUCUGUAAGAAAUGUUUACUGAUCCUUCCUCCAGAGAGAGCAGAGAAUGUCCAGUUAGAAUACCUCAACCAAACAGAUUUGGGUGAGUUUUAUUCUCUUCCAUGAGCAAGGUUUUCAACUCUUCCCUAUCCCAGAGCCAGCAUUCUAUAAUAGAAUAAUGGUAACAAGGUCAAGUUCUUUCAGGAAUGAAAAGUCAUAUGAGUUUUGGUUCUGAAAGAGUUAUUGUCAACUCAUGCAAUCUCCUCCCAGCUGAGCACUCAAUAUGAAGCACUGUUGAUAAUGUUUUUAACUAAACUGUUCAAUGAGGAUGGAUAGACCUAACGGUUUGUAUUCAGAAUGAGAAUUGUGAACUCAAGAAACUCAGUCUCCCUGGAUUUUCCUUCUAUAAAGCCAUGGAAAUGAUACAUGUAUCCAUUCUCUGCCUCACAGUCAGUGCUUUGGAUGCCGACACACUUAACUGACUUUUAAAAUGUAAAUAUUCAUUAAUUAAGCAAUUAAAAGUGUGAAAUCAGCA